AUGGAACCUCAUAGCUCCAACUCCGCUGGUGCUCGGGGUAUGCAACAGGAGGUGCCUAACCUCUUGCUGGUGUAUCCCUCUGUUGUAAAAGCUGCAAGCGCGUUAGAAUUUGUUGCAAGGCGGGCGCACUUGUUGUGCGGAACCUUGGAGACCUUGCAGGAAAGCGAUCGCGGAGCUGCAGCCCAAACCUCUUCUCGUGUGCGUUGUCCUUCAUCGGAAGCGGUCUCUCAGCAGGGUACGCCGCUGGGAACCAAGUCGGACGAGUCGCUUGCGGGAUACGGAUCGAGGGAAAACGAGCAACUCGAAGCGCGCUCUCGCGGGUCAGCUGAAGGAAGCGUUGCACCUUUCUCUUACCGACUUCGCCGGGACGCAACGUGGAAGUCUCUGGACGUCCAACCUUGCCACCUAGCGGCAACGCGAAACCCCUCAGCAGCGCCCUUGGACCUGCUGGCCCAAGUGCAAUGCCUCCGCUUGGCUCGGCGCCUUCUCGAGCGUGCCUGCUCUGCGCUGGAGGAUGGCUCGUGGCUAGAACUUGUGAAGGCGCAUGCCCUAUACGUACGCAGCAAGGCCGCCCUGGGGAAUCCUGUGGAGGAUACGAAAACCGCAACACUGCGUUCUGAAAGUCUCAUUCACGAGCUACGAGUGAGGCUGCAUGAACAAUGUGCACUGCUCCGAGAAGAGAUCGUAGAGCGAGCUAGAAUGACGGCAUGUAGCAUGUGCUUUGAUAGUUCUUCGAUAGAGUAUCCAAUGUCUGAACGGCGAAAGCGCUUUGCUGCGCUCCUCUGGCUCCAGAUCGACCUCGGCAUGGAUUUAGGCGAGAUGCUGCAUACUCUGUUUCAGAGUCACAGUCGGAUUGUUUGCGAACGGAUGCGCAGCCGUGGACCUGAAGUCACGCUUACAUUGGUGCGACAGGCUUUUUGUGCAGUCAUUUCAUUCCUUGGGGCAUUUGCGAGCCUCGAGGAGCAAUCUGCAAAUCACGAGGCAGUCACGCUCUCUAUUUGGUCUGCCCAGCCGCUGGAUCUGGUCGACGGGUAUGGUGACCACCCGGAGCGCUCCCCGGACUGCGAACCCCUCCGGCUGCGACCGACUAUUGUAUCCACACCGGCACCAAAACAAGAGUCUCUGCUUGAUGCAUAUACAAAACAGAUUUGGCAGAUGCUAGACACAGUCGUCGAGAAGCUGGCGGACCACGGAGCGAACAAGGCAACCGCCGCCUCACUCACUGGCUUGCUUCAGGAACUUGAUAGCGCUUGUCGCUUGGGGCGAUCACGAACAGCGAAAGGCCCCGCAGCGCCGGGGUUUUUCGCCGCUUUACAAGCAGAGAUUCUCACUAUGUUGAUGAGGCCGCUAGAAAAACUGGUUCCCGCCGUGCUGUCGCAGCAUGCGGAAGAUCUGGUAGACGGCUAUACACAGAUUUUGCAUCGACUCAUUGGCGAGUGUGUUCGAGAUGGAAGAGCUUUGCUGCAUGAAGAACAGGUGAGUACUGCUCUUUGCAUACCGAAACUCGCGGACUUCUCGUCAGUUGCAAGGAAAAUGCGUCCGUCCCGAUUCCGCUCGGUGUUCUCCACAUCAAUACCGGAAACGCUACAUAUUUCGUUGGAGCGCAUCAGCCCAAAGUCGGGACCUUUGCUUGACUGUCAACUGGUCCAGGCGGCGUACUCAUGCGAACCUAAUCAGUCUGUUGCUUAUACGGUGGGCAUGCCUGAGGCGGAAUCCCCGCUCUGGUAUGCGACCUGUACCUGGAAUGAAAUCGAGAGCUGCACACAGCGCAUAAUGAAGGAAUUUAGCUUGAUAUGUCGUGCAUUUCCAAACAUGAAAAAGCAUUUCCUGCGGCAGCUCAAGGAGCGGAUUCGUGGAUUCACUACAGAUAUUGCUUCCGGCCGCAUUUGCAGUGUGACAAGCCUGGUGCAGCUGUUCGAGCGUGGGCUGCGCUGGGUUCCACUUCUUUUGGCAUAUGCUUUUUGUCACAUAGUGGAUAGCCUGCGGCUGUUUUAUGACCAGGAAGACCUUGGAGCGCUAGACAAGGAGAUAACUGAAUGGCUUUUCCAGGCAGCGCGCGCCAUGCUUGAGGUAUGGCUCCGUGGCGUAGCAGAGGUCGCCACGGCGUUGCGGGACCGACCGGCAACACUUGAGCAGCAGUUUUCUGACAUACCAAAAGGCGUUAGUGGUACCGAGGCUAACGACGCUGCAGAUGAACCAAUCGCGAGCUUCUGGAAAGGCUAUGCACUAUACGCGUUACGCUUUGCAGCACCGAGCGCCAGCUGGCGAACAGUACUGAAUGAGCUUCAAGAGAGAGAGGCAUUUCGCUCCCACUAUUCGUGGACGUCAAGUUGCCUUGCGCCGGGGUCAGCGCAGCACACCGGCGCGGACGCACCUAGCGACCAUUGCUCGAAUAGAGAAGCUCAGCCUCAGCAGCGUCAAAGGACACGCAUCGACAUCGCUUCGCCAGUACAUAGCCGUAUGCUCGUUGGUGCUCAGGUUUCCCAUCCGAACCCCGUACAUUCACAAGAUUCCACUUUGAAGACCGCCUGA